CGUCUAUGACACUGUCGACUGCUUCUGUUUGUUCCGUGAUUGGGCUCGUUCGAAAACUUGCCCUUUUGUAUGGGGUUAACCAUUUGGCGUUUUUGCUUUUCUCACCUGUAGGGUUUCGUUCUUGAUUUUUUGUUGAUAGUACUUUCGUGUUUAUACAGUGAUAGACUAUAUCUGGCUAAUAUGAUCAACACAAAAUAUUACAUAUUUGUGAGGGUUGGAAGUCUGCGCGCCCGGUUCCGAAACCGGAUGCUUCGCUCAAACCAGUUAAUAACUAGCACUCCAAAACUCUUAAGAAAGUUUUUCUCGUCUAAAUCUAGUUCAGUUCUCCAUCGUCCCUCAAGUGAAGAACUUGAAAUUACGGAACGAUCGAAAAAUCUACUAGUCAUGGCUUCUUCAUGCAAGAUAAAGGACCAGUUUCAUGAAUUCUUCCCCGAAAUGUUAAGAUGUUUAAAGAAUUCACCACCACUGCACAAGUUGCCAUCAAUGCAAGAAUGGGUUGAAAAGAUUGUUGAAUACAACCUAAAAGGAGGCAAAAUGAACCGUGGCAUGGCUGUUGUGGAAAGCUUCAUGAUUUUAAAAAAUCACCAAGUAUCAGAAGAAGAGAAGAACACAGCCAUAGCACUUGGCUGGGCUGUUGAGAUGUUGCAGGCAUUCUUCCUUGUUGCAGAUGACAUUAUGGAUGGUUCUCUCACGAGAAGAAUGAAGCCGUGCUGGUAUCGCACGAACAAUCUUGGAGUUAAGGCUUUCAAUGACUCCAUAUUGUUGGAAAGCUUGAUUUAUCAAAUAGUCUCAUCUUAUUGUAAAAAUCAGCAUUAUUACCUUCCAGUGCUGGAACUGUUCCAUGAUGUUACCAUGAGGACCUCGCUGGGACAAGCAAUGGAUUUACACUCUGCACCAAAUCCGAAUGAAGCCCCUGACCUAAGCAAAUUUACAGUGGAAACCUACGAUGCUAUCGUGAAAUACAAAACAGCAUAUUAUUCGUUCUACCUUCCAGUGGCUGUCGCAAUGCGUUUGGCGGGAAUACAGGAUAACGAUCUUUUGAAGCGGGCGGAAGAUAUUUUGUUGCCCAUGGGGCGUUUUUUUCAAGUCCAAGACGAUUACUUAGACUGUUUUGGAGAUCCUGAGAUAACAGGUAAAAUUGGCACAGACAUUGAAGAUGGGAAGUGCUCCUGGCUAAUCGUAACAGCCCUGCCGAUGUGUGAUUCGGCUCAGCGACAGUUAAUUGAAGCACAUUAUGGUUUGAAAAACACUGAAUCUGUGAACCUCGUGAAGUCGUUAUAUCAACAGUUCGACAUCCCUAAACUGUAUACUGAAUAUGAAGAGCGCAGUUACAAGGAGCUAACACAAAUGAUAGAAGGAAUUAAACAUCAACUACCAACUUCCAUAUUCCAAGGGUUUAUGGAGAAGAUUUACAAGCGAUUGAAUUGAAGGAAAUUGAGUUAAAUCUUAAUCAACGUCAAUUUCGAAGCGACGACUAUAAAUCAAGACAACGACUUUACAGAAUGAAAGCCGGUUAACUCGUUAAACUCGGACAAAUCGCUGUAGUCAACAAAGCCAAAUUUAUUUGCUUAGCACGACAGAAUAUACUGGUAGUUUA